AUGCAUAUAAUAAACUUUUCAAAUCAUGAAUCCGCCUAUGCCAUUAACUUCUUCAGAGCUUCCGCAUGAUGUAGCUUUCAAGAUAUUAACUCGAACAUCCUUAGAAACACUAGAUGCAUGCAAAGUAGUAAGCAAAACAUGGAAUGGGAUGACAUAUGAAUCAAGCUUCAUGGAAAGUUAUUGUUGUAGAACCAACAAUAUUUCAGGUUACUUUGUUCAAGGUAUAAGAAACAACAAGUACAUUUCAGAGUUUGUUUCAAUGGACGGAUGUUCGGAAAAAGAUCAAUUGUCACAUUUACCAGUUGCAGCCUUGAAAACUAAGGACAUAUUUUCCGAUCACUAUAAUUGCGACAUGAAAAUUGAGGCAUCUUCAAAGCAAGGGAUUUUGUGUUGCAUGAGAACAACAAGGAACGAUAAUCAUAGGUACUACAUUUGCAAACCUAGUACUCAAGAAUGGAAAAAGUUGCCUAAUCCAAAAAUGAGGUAUAAGACUGUCAAAGUUGCUCUAGUGGUACUUAAAUCAAAUCCUUUACGUUUCAAGAUUAUUCGUUUGUCACAAGACGACCCAGCUCGUUCUAGUGGUUUGAUUUAUCUUCUCACAACUGAUAAUCAAGUAUUAGUCCUAAACUACGAUGGGGAAGAAGCGUAUCCAAGAUUUGAACUUCCAGAACAAGUGACCCAAAACGAAGAUUGCAAAUACAAGAAACUGAUUUCGUAUGAAGGAAAGUUGAGACUUAUUUGUUUUUCUUGGAGUGAAAUCUUAGAGCUUUGGUGCAUUGAGAAUACCAGAAAUCCCUUUUGGACGAAGGAGAAAGAAGUUGAGAUUGAAAGCAUCAAAAGGGUGACGAAUUACCCAAGUCCAAUAGAUUUUUACAACAAUGAAAUUGUUUUGCUAGGAUUAUAA